AUGAAGCUUCUACAGAGAUCCAGUCUUGGUAAAAUCACUAUCCUCAUCCUCUACAAUCCCAAAAAGAGGUGCAAGAACAUGCCUCAAGAAGUCGGCUCCAAGACGAAAAUGGCAAAGCAUCUCUUCUACAACUAUCUCCGAGUUGUGAAAAACGCUAAAGCACCAAACGAGCUCGAUAAGAAAAAGAAGCUACCCAAGAACAACGAGAUGAGAUUAAUAAGUUGGAGAUGGAUGACGACCUCGAAAUCGAAGCUUAUCGACAAGGAGACCAUGAACCAGAGAAUGUACCUCAUUUCCCGAUGA